AUGUAUCUAUAUAUCUAUCUAUCUAUCUAUCUAUCUAUCUUCUCAUGCAUGCAAAAUAGGAUAGCGAUUAAAAAAGUCCUCUUUUUCUUCAUCUUCUUUUUUCUUCUUCUUCUUCCUCUUCUUCUUCUUCUUCUUCUUCUUCUUCUUCUUCUUCUUCUUCUUCUUCUUCUUCAGUGUCCUCCUUUCUUCUUCCUUCUCCUCCUACUCAUCUUCUUCUUCUUCUUCAUCGUCGUCGUCGUCGUCUUCUUCUUCCUCUUCUUCUUCCUCCUCAUCCUUCUCCUCUUCAUCCUCCUCUUCUUCGUCAUCCUCAUAUUCUCCUUCGUCCUCCUCCAUUUCUUCUUCUUCCUUCUCCUCCUCCGACUCUUCUCCCUCCUCUUCCUCAUCCUGCUCCUUCUCUUUUUCUUCUUCCUCCUCUUUAUCCUUCUCCUCUUUUUCGUCGUCCUCCUCUUUUUCUUCUUCCUCCGCCUCUUCUUCUUUUUCCACUUCUUCAUGAUCCUCCUUUUCUUCUUCUUCUUCCUCCUCUCUUUCUUCUCCUCCUCUUCUUCUUCGUCGUCCUCCUUUUCUUCUUCUUUCUCCUCCUCCUCCUCCUCCUCUUCAGCCUCUACUUCUUCCUCCUUCUCGCCCUCUUCUUCCUCCAUCUCUUUUUUUUCCUCCUCCUCAUCUUUUCUUCUUUUCCUUCUUCUUCUUUAA